AUGAAAAUAAAUAAAUUCUGGUCACGAUGGCUGGUACAAUGUUGUCUUAUUCUAUUGGCGAUUUGGAUUUAUCGUCAAGUGAGAUCGAAUGCUUCAAAGACUGCCUCUGCUUCCACAAUCAAGUACAAUAUAGCACGAGCUAAGUUAGGUCGAAGCUUUUUCUUAGAUCUAAUACACAAUGAUCGUUCUUUCAAUGACGUCAAUGAACAUACAGUUUGUUCACUUAUGCAUUUCUUCUUCCAAGAAGCUGCUCAAAACGGUAAACCGGUGGAAUUUUUAUCAGGAAUGUUUAUACUAUAUGACUCAACUGAACGUUUUUUUACUCAAUUAAUGAUAGCGAAGAAUAAUCAAUUACAUAGUGAUGAACAUCGUUCCGGUUAUUUUCGACGUCCGGCGUACUUUUUCAUCGAUUUACUUAAAUCGUUAUUUAAUUUUUUACGCCAACGGAAAACGUCGUUUUACAGACCCUUCAUCUAUUUACGUGGCGAUGAGUCAUCGCAUUUUCAUGAACGUGGCAACAAGCAUGACCGAUGGCAUCUCUAUCCAGCCUAUGGAAUCGACAUGGCUCAUGGAUGUAUGCCAAAUGGUUUUUCUCAUAUUUUAUUUGGCAAACUAAGAAGUUUAGCGAAUAAUACAAGUCGCCAAUACUCUGGUGAUCGAAUCUAUAUCAAACCAGAAGCAUCUGGACUGCAACAAUUUCCACAGUACCUUGCACAUGCCAAUCAUUAUAUUCGAGCUGUUUCAUAUUCUUUCCUUUGCCGAUUUAUUGAUAAUUUCACUCCGCAGUUUUGUACACCAACAGGUGCUUUCCAUGAAUGGGUCGAUCGUCGAUUGGCGAAAAGAUGGACUCAAAUAUUAGCAACAAUCAAAAGUCUAGCACAAAACGAACGUAGACAAAUGCAAGACCAAGUCUUUUCAGAAGGAAUUCUACAAAUCUAUCGUCAAUCGUUACUAUUUCCACCAUUGCCAUACGUGAAAGACUUUCGAAUAGAACUCGAACAUCGCUAUGGAUCAGAUAUUAGUGCACGAAAAGCAAACGAGAUUAUUUUUACUACUGAACAAUUGCUAAACAGUUCUCCUUCGUGCACCGCGGACUUCUCCAUGAAUGAUAAGCAACAGUGUGUUGAACCUGAUGUAAUAAUUCAAUAA